AUGGCCUUCUCCACUCCAUUGCGCUCCGAUCCGCAUUCCAGUCAGGCUGGGCCGUUCCCUGACCUUUCCCCAGAUCUAGUUGGAAAUUCCCCGGACGAUGAAAGCGACUCCAACGCUCAUCUUGUGGACGAGAGUCCCACGCGAGCUGCAGUGGUUCGACGGCAAGUGCGAGAGCUGUCGCGACAGAGCCAAUCAUCGUCCGCAUCUGCCUCACCCAGAAACCAGACGGUACAGGCUUACCUCCGUGAAGGGACGAAAGAGACUUUGAACCGAAACCCACAGCGAUGGCUUUUGGAGCAUUACUCUCGAGGAGCGAAGGCACUCAAUGGUUCACACCCCAUCAUAUGUUCUAGUCAGACCUCGCUCGAGCGACCGACAUGGAUCCCGCCAAAUGCGCCCUAUAUAGAAAUCUCGGAUGACGAGCGGGAUGAUGGAGUCUCUUCACCGGCAACACGUGUGGAUGUCCCAACUACGACCGGUCAAGCCCAAGCCAAUGGGCAAAUCUCUGAUUUGACGUCUGCAAAUGUUGCACGACCUGACUCAGCUGAUUCGUCAGACGAUGAAACGCAUGGAUCAGAGUCUCCAUUCUCUUCAGUGAGUCAGCAAGAGACACCAAGGACGGAGGUUUCCGAUCCCGAUCAUGGAUUAGAGCACCGACAAAUUGGACCGGAACGCAUCUCAGACUCAUGUAGCACUGAGGAUAUUAUAUUCGCUAUCCGCGAUGUAAUCUGCGGGUGGGGCGGAGCCCAAGAGACAGAAUCCAAGAAAGGAUAUGCAUACAUCUUCUAUGAUCCAUCAGCCCAGAGCCCGUGCUAUAAAAUUGGACACUCGGGAAAUGUAAGAGUGCGCACUCAACAGCAUCAAAGCAAAUGUCAGCUACGGAAGUGGAGUUCCAACAAAAGCCCUGCGUUGCGAGACUACAGACUACUCGAGAAACUAGCACACGCUGAACUGAGAAAUUUGCGGUGCAAGCCCAAUUGUUUCUGCAGAGUGGAACACCGGGAGUACUUUUUGGGCAAGGCGGAGCAUGGGCAGGAUAUCAUCGAUUCUUGGUCGCGGUGGCUUAAAAAGAAUCCGUAUAACGACGAUGGGAACCUGAAGCCAUUCUGGGUUGACCGGCUGCAUGUAUUUGUUGAUGAGAAUUCGGGCUUUUUUCACUGUACGGCCGUUGAAGACGACCGACACCACCCUGAAAGCAAUGCUUGCCAGAUGUGCCUCCGCAAAGGAUGGCAGAAGUUCACCGACCCUACUCCGCAAGACAUAUUCGAGUAUGAUUGUCGACAAAAAGUUCCCUUUGCCUGGGGUUGCUGGCUGUUCCAGACUUGUUAUAGUCGCUUUCCCUCCCAUAAAUCCAAGUUUGCCUACAUGAUUCACUGCAUAGAAGUUGGGUGUCGGAUAUGGGAGGCUAUAUCGAGCAUUCAACUAAUUUUGGCUAUGUUACUUGGAAAGGGUCUCUAUCUCACGGUAUGUUCGUUACGGCACCGCACAUUCGAUAUUUCCAGAUUACCCGAGUUUUACUUCGCAUGCGCUGCAGCUUAUCGCCUAUUUCUCCUACUCAUGGCCAACAUGAAUUCUGUCGAUCAGACUUUGUCCAAGGGGGUCAAAAGAACUGCAUCGCCUGCGAGGAAGUCUAUACGCGUCAUCUCGAAGUCACCUAGAAUGCCCACACCGUCCUCGAACCAAUCCCAGAGGACCACCAAAACCACACGGAAGACGCAGCGACCGGAGCAGCCACCCAAUCUGGAGCUCUCCGGUGAUAAAAGCACGCCGAAGAAAGAACACAGCGACGACACGAUCGAGAUCACCGGGUGA